AUGGAAGGAGACAUAGUUAGAUCUGGUGAUGAAACAGAGUUGCCUCUGUCUGCAGUGAGCACUGAUAAAUCGUCGGAUAGUGAGCCAGAACAUCACCACAAGAGAUCUCUUGAGGAGGCCAGUGGCAGUGAUAUAGCAGGGCCGAAAAAGUUGAAACUUGAACUGGUGUCAGAGCAUGUCAUAGGAUCUUCUGAAACUGCACAUGAUCGUUUUGAUGAUAUUUGGACGACAGUACCCUCGAAUCGCUCGGAUGAGGGAGAAGAUAUGGAGGAGAACAACGAUGAAAAUGAUGAAAUUAAUAAACAAUACAAAAAGUUUACUAGUGCCCCCAAAUUUAACUUGAACAGUGAGGAAGUAUUCUGUAUAUGCCGAAAGCCAGACCAUGGUGGAGAACUCAUGAUAAGCUGUGAUGGGUGCGACGAAUGGUUCCACUUCAAAUGUAUGAAUUUGAAUGCGAAAUAUUCACUGCUUAUUUCCAAAUUCUUUUGUAAGUUUUGUCGUUGGAAAGAAACAGGAAGAACAAGGUGGAAGCGCAAGUGUAGACUACCAAGUUGCUAUCAACCAGUGAGAGCGGAAAUCAACUCAAAGUACUGCUCUGAAGAAUGUGGUAUCAAGUUCAUACUGAUCAAUCUUAUAAGUCGUUCCUUGGAAUAUGAUAUUAAACCGGAACUUGUAUCUUCUGUGUUAACGCACUGUACUGAAAAUCAGGAUGAACCACAUAAGAAGUUACUACAAUUAGGUACCACAUUUCCGGAGCUUCCAGAAGUUGUUGCGCUUCAAGAAAACCCCAAGGACUUAACUAAGUUCCCCUUGAAAGUUCAAAAGGAACUUGAAAAAAUUAAUAAUGCCAUUGAAAUUGUCCUUGCUCUCAUUGACGUAUACAAUAUCAAGGACGCAUAUCUAGCAAGAAUAAGAGAAAAAACCAAGGUUAUUAAUGAAAAACUUACUCAUCUGGAAGAGGUAGAUGACACUCUCACUACAAAGAAAUCCAAGAGUAAAAAACCAAAGAAAUUCGACUUGUGUGGAUAUGAUAAAGACCUUAAUACUGAACAUAAGACCUGGAUGAAAUACUUUGAGCAAAAUAAGCCUCAAAUCCAAAAACUUGUCAAUUCCGAGAAUAUAUAUGAAGAUUUUAAGGAUCAGGUGGAUGAGGUGAUACGUUUCUACAAUGAUCAGGAACGGGACGAUAUAUGGUUCCAGGGUAACAUAUGCCUUGCCGAAAAACGAAAAUGUCUUCGACAUGGAGGAUGGUGGAACUUGGUUCAAGACGACGUUUCCAGACAGAUUGACGAAUUUAGCUCUGAAUUGCAGGACUUAGAAAAAGACCGAUCAAUAAUAUUGAGAGACUACAGUGUGAAUAUAUUUGAACAAUAG